AUGAGGCUUAUGUAUAAGCAUGCAGUUGCAGUCAUCCCAUGGCUUGGUCCUGGCAUGCCCGAAACAAAGGAAGCCUUCAGUUUCACAAGAAGACUGUCCGAGUUGCAGAAGGAUAUGAAUCAAAACGCGACAAGUGCGUCCGACGGGAGAACACUCUACUCAAUGAAGACUAAGGCCAGCAGCAUCCUGUUAGAGUCGCUCAGUGCAGAGCCACAGGCAACGGAUGCACUGACUUGCCUUUUGGCAGGGCAGUACUUUGAGCGCGUGUGGUGUAUACAGGAGGCUGUCGCCUCGCAACGCUGCAUUGCAAAAUGCGGGCAGCACAAGAUGGGUUCCUUUGAUUUGAUGUCGCUGAUGACCUAUGUCUGUAACUUCCGCGGGGCUAUUAUGGAUGCACAGGGCCUGGAUUAUCCAGAUGGUACGGUGUCUUUCUGGAGUACCUUUGUGUCCGCCAGACGGGAAGUACUGGUGUCGAGUACACAGCAAUACGUGGAAGGAUCUAGCGGCCGCAAUUUACUUGCAGGCAUCCGCAACUUCAAGUGCACCGAUCCCUGCGAUCGGAUCCUCGCUCUCCUCGGGGUCUCGGAUGAAGGAUUGCAGCCUGUUCUGGCACUGACCCAAGUCGAGGGUGUACAUAACUCACGGGUCUUGUCGCUCUUUCAGCGCGGGGCCAUAUGGCUCUCUGAGAAGAUGAACUCACUGAGACCAAAUAUCAACUUCCUCAGGCCUGCUGCCUUGAGACCAAACUUUUCCAGGCCUGUCCAGGAAGUGUAUCGAGACUUUACAAGGUUCAGCGUGCGCCAGCAGCCACGAAAGCUGGACAUUUUAUCACUCAUACAGCAUACUACAUAUCCGCUACAGGACUAUUGGCCAUCCUGGGUUCCUAAGCUGCAUAAGGAACGCUCAGUAUCACUGUUAGCACCUGGUCUGUAUCUUGCUGGCAUUCCAAUGCAUGGCCACUAUCGGUAUUUCGCGGAGCUUCACAAUUCUCCCCUCAAUGGCAGAUCAGUCGAGCCAGAUGUGCUCUAA